AUUUCCACCCAUUUAGCCCCAGUGCUCUGACACCUUGGAUCUACCUCGGCCACUCAUCACCACGGCUCCACCUUGGCCUCCUGGUCCUACAGUGUCAUCUCUUUGUCUCCUCAGCUCCACCUGGGUCUCCAACUCCUCUGGCUCCACCGCUGUCGGUCGGAUUCCUGGCUCCACCAAGGCUUCACCCUCCAACGGUUUUGCUACGGGUCUUCAUCCUGGCACUGCUCUAGGUCUUCAUCUGGCUCCCCCCUCCAUCGUCUCCUCCAUGGGGUUUCCCUCUGCCAGCCUCUGCUCAGUCACGUUCCCCUCCAGAACCACCUCCCUCCCUCUUCAGUUGGACUCUAUAUGGCAUGGGAGGGGGGAGUUACUGUAAUGGUCUCGUUCUGUUUUGGUUUCGUUUUCAUUCUUUUCCAUGUUCCUGUUUGCCUGAGUUCUCAUUCAUUGUUAGUUGCUAGGGUUUCCAAUUGAGUUACACACCAGUUCCCUGUUCUGUUAAUGAUUUUUAAAGCAUUUAAAACAAAAAUAUUAUAUUAGAAUCACAUUCUCCAACAUCAGUCGAUCUGCUGUCAUUGAGAUAAAUGUUUAUGGAUAGAGACUCCAGGACCUCAAUCAUAUCAGAUAUCUUUUCACUUAAGUAUGUUAUUACUCUCUGAUGUCUUUAUGACUUGAAUGAACUGAUUUUGACUAUGUCUUCAGAGUGUCAUUGAUUGAUACGAGCAAAGAAAGAGCUGGCCAAUGUAUUGCUGAUCUUUUAAUGAGAUUUAAUAAGUAUGUUCAUCCCUGAGCUCCUGUGGGAUCCAUCAUACAGACCAUCACCAAAUCCGUAGCGUCACAGAUGGACCGUCACUCACUCAUCAGUCUCUGGAGUCACAGGCUCUGAUCAUAUUUAAGGACAGUCGCCAUGGCCAGAUCUACUCCAGUGCAGAUACACAUGAGCAGAGACGGAACUUGUCAAACUGUAGUAAUGGAUGCAGGUGUGUGGUUGGUGAUUGGCAUGCUGCUGGUGAUGACUGAUAUGAGCCAGUCCAUCCCGAAAGAUGACAUGCUAGAGCAGAGCAAACACCUGCUGGAAUCACGCGAGGACUUCGACGGGAACAUGCUGGAGAGUCGAGGGGCCACUGAAGAGCAGAUGGAUCAUCUACUGGAGGAUCGUCUUCUGGUAGAAAUGUUGCGGUCUUUACUCCACAGCUCUCAAAGAUAUGAACGCAACCCUUCAGUGCUGCACCAGCCCCAGCGGUUUGGUCGGGGGGCUCGGAGUGGCUUGUCCACAGAAGAAAGGAUACAGUCUCGGGACUGGGAGACAAUUCCCGGACAGAUAUGGAGCAUGGCUGUGCCACAAAGAUUUGGCAAAAAAUAACACCAAGCCAUCAUAAAAAUUGAGUGAUGUCUUAGAAGUAUUGAAUAAAUAGAAGGGUGAAUUAUUUGAUCAGAAACGUCUACAAUCAUCUCCUUCAUUUUUGUCUCCCCUACUACAUUACAAAAGAAACAGUCAGCUCUUCUUUGCAUUUCAUGAAAUCUGUGAUAGCAUAUAUAACACAUCAAAACAAUAAUAUUUAAAUGUAGUAAUUAUUUAAUAAGUUCUGUAUGAGUGUGAAGGCAUGUUGUGAUUAUUAAUCCAUUGUUCUUCAUAAUAUAUUAUGUGUUGUGUAUUGUAUUUUCUGUGUAUAAAUAAAUGAUCAGCUCUGCUUGUUGAGCAACAUU